UUAGAAAAAGAUGUCUGUUACUACAAAUUCCACUAUUGAUUUUUCCAAGCUUGAGGGACGAAUUUUCCCACAGUUUACAUCACCUUUCAUCGUCCUUGAUGGAAAAAUGGAAUGGGUGGUCCCUGUUAAAGCAAGUCAAAGCUCCCCAUCGGGAAUUAUGUUCGCGCCCUUCGCACGGCCUUCCUGCCUUCGACGCAUUGUUCAAGUUUCUGCCCGAUCCCCCAACUAGAGACGGUUUACUCUGUAAUGGGGCUAACGUUGUUGAAGAUUGGCAUCUCCCGCUUCCUCCUCCUCCUCCUCCUCCUCCUCUCCAUCCAUGUCGACCAUGCAAUGAGCAGCAACGAAUUUCUCCUUAGACGCUGCUCCGUCGCUGCCAAUUACACGGACGGAGACGAAUUUGAAGUCAACAUGGACAGCGUCUUCUCCACCUUGAAGAACGAAGCCCCUUCCAUCGGUUUUCUCAAUACCACCAAGGGCCAAGGAACGGAAGAAGUUUACGGCCUGGUUCAGUGCCGGGGCGACGUCGGCAAGGAGGAGUGCGGCACCUGCAUCACUAGGUCCACCAUAGAAAUCGUCCAAUACUGCCCUAACACGAAGGAUGCCAUCAUAUGGUUUGAAAAGUGCCAGCUGCGCUACUCCAACACCAACUUCUUUGGACUCCUCAACCUCAAUGAUUCCAAUAGUUGGUCUUGGGCAAACAGUUCAGUGGAAUACCCGGAAGAAUUUUACGAUUCGUUGGGCAGUUUGCUGAAGAAUCUCACGUCUGCAGCGACAACAGAGCCUUCGAGGCUCAUGUUCGCAAGGGGCGAGACCGAGUACACAAUUCGACAGACGCUCUACGGGCUGGUACAGUGCACCAGGGACACCAGCCUCGCAGAUUGCAAGGAGUGCCUGGAGACGGCCAUCUCCCAAAUCAACUCGACUACUUGCGGCGAUUCAAAAGGCUGUGAACUUCUCAAGGGAAGUUGCCGUGUGAGGUUUGAUACGAAUAGUUUUUAUAGUACCACAGACACAACAAGCCCAUCUCCUCCGCCCAGUUCGCCACCUCCAAAUUCAAGCCCUCCACCGAUUGGGUCGCAGAAAAGCGAGAGCAGAAAGCGUGUCUUUAUCAUAUUGGCCAUCUCUAUCUUGAUUGUGGCUCUCAUUGGUUGCACAAUUUGUGGCUUUUACUGGUGGAAAAGAGAUUGCUUUGGGAGAAAGGAGUUGAAGCCCGGCCAACUGCAGGGGAACGUAGCCUCGCAACAAACAGCUUUUGCGCGAGCAGAUCCGAUGGAUGGACCAACAUUUGACCUGGCUACUAUCAGAUCUGCCACCAACGAUUUUGCACCGGAAAAUAAGCUCGGGGAAGGAGGAUUUGGUGCAGUUUACAGGGGAGAACUACGGGAUGGUCAAGAAAUAGCUGUGAAGAGACUAUCACGCAAUACAGAGAACGGUCCCAAGCAAUUUGACACUGAGGUGCAGACACUUGCUAAACUUCAACACAGAAAUCUUGUCCGACUUUUGGGAGGCUUUCUGGAAGGUGGUGAAAAGAUACUCAUCUAUGAGUUUGUGCGCAAUUCUAGUCUGGACAAUUUUCUCUUCGGAGAGCCAAGAAAGCGUAUGCAAUUGGACUGGGCAGUACGUUCGAAGCUCAUAAAUGGCAUAGCAAGAGGGCUUUUAUAUCUUCAUGAAGAUUCUCGGCUAAGAAUUGUUCACAGGGAUCUGAAAGCAAGCAAUAUUUUAUUAGAUGAAGACAUGAACCCUAAGAUCUCAGACUUUGGCACUGCAAAGAUAUUUGACACAUACCAAACACAAGCUGAAACAUUUGAGAUUAUUGGGACUCGUGGAUAUAUUGCACCGGAAUAUUUUUUUGAAGGAAAGGUAUCAGUGAAGCUAGAUGUUUUCAGCUUUGGUGUGUUGCUGCUGGAGAUCAUAAGUGGGAAAAGAAAUUGCUCCUUUAAUCAUCAGGAAACAGAUGAGAAUCUACUAUAUUAUGCAUGGAGACUUUGGAUGGAGAACAAGGCUCUGCAAGUUGUGGAUCAAACAUUGGAUGGAACAUGUGACAAAAAUGAGAUCUUGAGAUGCAUCCAUAUUGGCUUGCUAUGUGUCCAAGAAGAUGCAUCAAGCAGGCCAAAAAUUUCCAAGGUUGUUGCGAUGCUCGAAAACAUCUCCUUGAUUCUUCCAUCCAUUUUGCCUCCUGCUCCUUCCAUCUGUAAAAUCAGGAACAUUUCUUUGGGUCCACAAACUAGCUCAACCAUAUCGGGGACUGGUUCAGAGUUGGGUUCAUCUACUUAGCGAAACUUUGAACUCAUGAGAGGAGGAAGCAGUAGAGACGGUAAUUUGUUCGCUGCCCUUCAGGGUAUCGCUUGUUCUUCUGGUAUAUGAGCUGUGAACUUGUUGAUUAGUUUGUUGCAGUCCUGUUCGUUGUUGGUAAUAGUUCCUAGUGGGAUGUGGAGAUGCCUCUAUAUACACAUAAGUUGUCAUAUGAUGUACAACGCAAUGUUUAAGUUCGUAUUCCUCUGAUGAUGUGUACUUUCUUAUUUUCAAGGACAAACCAGUUUCUCAUUUGUAUCAUCUCAAUGUAAUCUUCUAUAGUUGUUAAGACCUUAGAUAAAUGAUCUCAAUAAAUUGCAGAGUGCAUAUUUAUUUA